CAAGAGCCAAUCAGAAACAGCGUGUGAAUUUUGCGCCGCUAUUAUUCUGUUCCGAGGUGUAUGAGCUAAUUGUAGUGUUAACUAUAUGUGUAUUGUCUUUUUACUACAUAUGUCAUAAACCCGAGCGUUCAUAAUGCCAUAUGCCAAUCAGCCAACUGUGAAAAUCACAGAGCUUACUGAUGAGAAUGUAAAAUUUGUCAUCGAGAAUACCGAUUUAGCGGUUACGAAUUCUAUCAGACGCGUCUUUAUGUCAGAGGUUCCAACCAUAGCAAUUGACUGGAUCCAAAUCGAUGCCAACUCCUCUGUUCUCCACGACGAGUUCAUAGCCCACAGAGUUGGUCUCAUCCCCCUAACAAGUGAUGACAUCGUGGAUAAGAUGCAGUACUCCAGAGAUUGUACAUGUGAUGACUUUUGCCCUGAAUGCUCUGUUGAGUUGACCCUGGAUGUUCGCUGCACAGAGGACCAGACACGCCAUGUAACCUCCAGAGACCUUUUAUCCAACAACCCACGUGUGAUUCCUGUGACCUCAAGGAAUCGGGACAAUGACCCCAAUGACUACGUAGAACAGGAUGACAUCUUACUUGUCAAACUUCGUAAGGGUCAAGAAUUGCGGCUCAGAGCGUUUGCUAAGAAGGGCUUUGGAAAAGAGCAUGCCAAGUGGAACCCCACUGCCGGGGUGGCCUUUGAGUAUGACCCUGACAAUUCACUGAGACACACUGUCUUCCCCCGUCCAGAGGAAUGGCCAAAGAGUGAAUACUCAGAGAUCGAGGAAGAUGAAGUGCAAGCUCCUUAUGACCCAACCGGCAGACCAGAUAGGUUCUACUAUAAUGUGGAGUCCUGUGGUUCCCUCCGGCCCGAGACCAUAGUGUUGUCUGCCCUAGCGGUGCUAAAAAAGAAACUGAGUGACCUGCAGACACAGUUAAGCCAUGAGAUCCAGAGUGAUGUACUCACUAUCAACUGAAGAAAAUCCACAUAUUGAGACCGCAGCAGUUCUGUAUCAUGAACGGGAGUUCAGACAUAAUGUCUUAGCAUUCAGGAAAUGAAGGACUUCAUUCUUUUUCCUCAUAUGAGGUAUUUGCUAGUAGAAUCACACAAAUCCUUCAUUAAAUGUAUCGCAAAAUGUCCUUUCUGUACUACAUGUUAAUUUGUUUUCUGUUUGUUUCCUGGAGUGAUAGCAAUUGGUAUAUGACCAUGUACUGAAUUCAACAGGUUUUUGUGUAUAGAAAUUGAAAAAUGGCUUGGAAAUCAGGCCACAGGUUACUUGUAGCUAAAAAUGUGUAAUUCACUGGUUAUAGGUAUUGCUUUAUUAAGUCUCCUGAACUGAUGUAUUUUCUUUAAAAAAAUAAAAUAAAAUGUAAAAUA